CUAGUUGCUGUUUCUCUAUGCUAGGCAGAGUGGCCUUAGCCACCGCAGUUGCUGGGCUCUCUAAGGCCCUGGGGAAAGCUCUAGCUUGGUGUGCGGAGCGUGCGGGUGCUGGUCAUGGCGCGGCUCCCGAAGCUAGCAGUUUUUGAUCUGGAUUACACGCUCUGGCCUUUCUGGGUCGACACGCACGUAGACCCUCCGUUCCACAAGAGCAGUGAUGGAACUGUGCGAGAUAGGCGGGGCCAGGACGUCCGACUGUACCCAGAGGUGCCUCAGGUUCUGGAACGAUUACAAGGCCUUGGGGUGCCCGGUGCAGCCGCUUCACGGACAGGUGAGAUAGAAGGAGCCAACCAGCUACUGGAGCUCUUUGACCUUGUCAGAUACUUUGCUCAUCGGGAAAUCUAUCCAGGCAGUAAGGUCACACACUUUGAGAGGCUGCGGCAGAAGACUGGAGUUCCUUUCUCCCGGAUGAUCUUCUUUGAUGAUGAGAGGCGGAAUAUUGUAGACGUCAGCAAACUGGGUGUUACCUGCAUUCACGUCCAGAAUGGAAUGAAUCUUCAAACCCUAACUCAAGGGUUGGAGACAUUUGCAAUGGCCCAAACUGGGCCUUGAGGUCCAGCCCGGUAGAUGAACCUCAUUUGAGGCCUAAAACUGAAAAGAAACCAAGAAGGCAUUUUCAGGUGCAUUUGUAAUUUAUUAAAGUGUAUCUGUGUGUGACAGAAGACAUCUUA